CGCUUAAAAUCGAAAUCAGGGCCCAAAAACCCUAGUAAAGGUGGUGCCGGCUCUCUUCUCUUCUUCUACCUUCGUUUCUAUUGUCUUCUCUUUUCUUCUUUCUCCCUCACAGUUCCAGUUGCUGCCUAUAACUCAGCGUUUCGGCAGCAUGAUACGCGGAGGGCUAAACUAUGUUUCUUCCGCUCCUGCCUUUUCUAAGGACGGGAAGCGCCUUUUCGUUUGCAGCGGCACUUCCGUCUCCGUCUUCAGCACCGCCACCGGCUCCCUCGUUUCCUCACUCCAAGGUCACACCGCCCUCGUUACCGCAGUCGUCGUGGUUCCCACCACUGCCUCGUUGCUAUCAUACUGUUGGACUGCCUCUGUCGACGGAACAAUUCGCCAAUGGGAUUACUCCGUUCCCGAAUGCGUCAAGAUUCUUGACCUUCGCUUUCCCAUUUUCUCCUUGGUGGUGCCUUCGGCAUUGUCCACUAGGGAAGAAAAAGAUGCCAAGUCGUCGCCCAAUGUUAUUGCUUACGUGUCUGUUGAAAGUAUAAAUGCACAGGACAAUCGCCCCAAGCCACGUUUUGGACAGAUCAGGAAGUGUAAUUUGACCAACUUUCAUACUGUUAGCAGCCUAAUAUUGAGAGAGACUGAACAACCAGAAUCUCUAACCAUUAGUCCCUCGGGAAAAUUUUUGGGUAUAAAAGACAAGCGAAAACUUCAUAUAUGGAAAGUUCCUAAAAUGGAUUCUGAUUCUGCUGUGUCUAAGAAGAUUACCCUGCAUCACACAAAGACCUUUACAGUUCUUGCAUUCCACCCUACAGAGAGAAUUGUGGCUGCCGGUGAUGUAACUGGAAGAAUUUUAAUUUGGAGAGGAUUUGGAGCUCAGAAAUUCCUCAACAGUAGUGUAUUAGUGAAUGGAAGACCGACAUAUAACGAUGAUAAACCUGGGGUGAGGGAAAAUGAUGAUGCUGAAUCAUGUUGCACGUGGCAUUGGCACUCUUCUGGAGUGAGUCAUUUAUCUUUCUCUUCAGAUGGAGCCUACCUCUACUCAGGUGGGAAGGAAGGGGUUCUUAUGCUUUGGCAGUUAGACACAGGAAACAAGAAAUCUUUACCAAGAAUUGGGUCUCCACUUCUUUAUUUUGUAGAUUCUCCUGAUUCAUCCCUCUCUGCAGUAAGGAUUACUAAUAUUUACCCCCUUUGUCUUCUCAAGAUAUAUGUGAAGGUCUUUCUAGCCGAGUUUCCUUUGACUGCACUUCUGGCUCAGUGGCUGUACAGAAGAAAACUAUCGCAUCCACAAAUUUCUACAGGUGUUCAAGUAUGUGAAAGAAACCAUCAACCAGUUGAUGAGAUCACGCUGGUGGUGAGCUUGGUGGAGCUGUCCAUCGAUGGCUCUAUGAUGGGUACAGUGGAAAUCAAACUUCCUGAAGAUGGAAUAGGAGGUCUUGUUUGUUUGAAGUUCUGGGAUUUGGAUGAUAAAGGAGAUUUUCCAGUAUCCACCCUUAUUUAUGAACAUCAAAGGUUUGUACAGGAUUUUUUCAUUGAUAAAAUUGAAAAAUCAAGCUGUUCAGUGGUUAUAUCAAUGGACUCCUAA